CCAAGGGGCAGCAGAAAGCUGACAGCGGCUCACAGCAGAGGUGAACUGAAGUCAGUGUUUAGGGUCUACAGAGGGAUGACAAACGGGAUUCAUUCUCCUGUUACCGUGGCUGAUAUUUAGAUAUAAGAAGGGAUAUAUUACAAGUCUUUUUCUCCUGAUUGUGUUGGCUGAUAAACAGGCUGGAGGAGCUGGAUGUUACUCACUGGAUAAUAAACCCUGAAAUAUCAGGAAGUUGAGAUUUUACAUUCACCUCUCUUCAUCACACAGGCUGAUCCCUACAAUCUGGAAAGAGAAGAAAUCAAAAACAGUCUGAAUUUGGUGCUUGGCUGCUCUGUUAACUUUCCCCGGAACAAGAAAAGCUCCAUCUUGCCGGUGAACUUAGCCACACGUUACUUCCGACCAGUGUGACCAGUGGGCCUUCAACCAGCCUCAUUUAUGCCGAGAACAAACCCACUGAUUCAAGUUCAUCGAGCUCCAAAACACUCCACAAUCUGCAGUCUGCCUCCUAUGUGCAGAGCCUGGUUCAUCAACAUCUUCACAUGCAUCCGCACACUCACCAGCAUGCCUUCACUCCCAUCCUGCACCAAUCCUUGAUCAUCCAACCUGCUCCAAUGUUCAACAUGCACCUUCCCAGAGCAGCAACGAGGCCCUCUUUUGCUCCGGUCACUGCCUUUCACAGAGCAACACAGAAGCCCUUCAGGUCAACAAAACGAGGGAAAUGGGGCGCACUGCAUGUCUGCAUUGCAUGGAAGAUAUAUUACCACGAACAACUGAAGAAAAUGCAGCAAAAACCCAACAGUCUCCAUCAAGAACUGACACCUGAGUAUCUUGCUACUUGUCAACCUGACAGAGUGCAACACAAGGGAUCAGACCAGCCCUCCUGCAUAAACCCAAAUAUCGACUCUCCGUAUGGACACUCUGCAUAUGGAAACACUGGUGACAGGAGAGGUUAUCCCUCUGACCUUUUCACGUCUUCACCAGCAUCUUGCCACAGCCUCACUGCCAAGAGGGAGAAACUGGAACAGCCCCCGAACCUGCACUUCAGAGACAAACUUGAUGAAAAGGAGAAACACGGGGUGCAACAAGUUGAAACAACAAAGGAUUUAUCUCUUAGAGACAAAUCUUGGGAUCUAACGACGACUCCUGAACCUGACGUCAGACGCGGCGGCUCACUUGACAGGAAGAGGCACCUCGAGUGCGACGGCUCCUUCAAAGUGAAGAGGGUGAAGCUGGACGUUGUCGUAGACGACACCUCUAAGACAUUGCACACUGAUCCAUCUCUGUUCAUAGAUGUAAUGUUACCAGAGCUCCUGGGACACUCAUCUCUUAUCCAGGAGCUGAAAUGCAUCCCUACCAAACUGCUUCAUGGGAGCCAAUGUUGA